AUGCACAUGGCACUACCCCUCAGACGGUCUUCAAACCUCUCUCUGUAUCCUGUUCAGUCACACAGUUACUCGAACGUAUUAGGAACCCGAAUAAAAUCUAUAGUAAUAGGGGUAUGCAUAGCAGGAGCACUAAUCUUUGUUAUGCUGAAAGGUUACGGUAAUUCAAACCACGCACUUGUUGGAAAACCUUCUGUAGUUGUUGUUACGGUCUUAGAUUCUGGAAGAUAUAGAAAAGAUCAUCUAGAACAUAUCAAAGAAAAUCGCAUGAGAUAUGCCAAGUAUCAUGGGUACGCAACUUUCAUGCCAAAUAUUAGUGAUUACGACCUAAAUGGAGCUCCUGGUACUUGGAGUCGCAUUCCAGCGGUCCGACAUGCAUUGGCGAAAUUCGAUAAAAGUACAUACGUGUGGUAUCUGGAACAAAAUUCGUUGAUUAUGAACCCGAAAAUCAAAGUGGAGAGAGAUAUCAUGCAUCCAAGUAAACUCGAAGAUUUAAUGAUUAAAGAUCAACCUAUUGUACCGCCUAGCAGUGUUAUAAAAACUUUCCCAAAAUUAAAGGGAACGAAUAUUGAUUUAGCCCUUACCCAAGAUAAGAACGGUCUAGCACCAGACAGCUUCAUCGUUCGAAACGGAGAAUGGAGCAGAUUCUUUCUCGAUACUUGGUUUGAUCCCAUGUAUCGAUCAUAUAAUUUCCAAAAGGCAGAUUCACACGCUUUAGAACACAUUGUCCAAUGGCAUCCGACAAUCCUCUCUAAAUUAGCACUAGUUCCCCAAAAAGUUAUGAACUCAUACAAUAAGCCAGACUUGGCCAGCGAUUCGGGUGUCUACAAAGAGGGUGACUUUGUGCUUAAGCUUGCCGGCUGUGAAGAGCCUGGUAGUGAUUGCGCUGCGCUAGCUCAAUCAUACCUGACUCAGUGGAGGUCAGCGUUCGGAAAUUGA